CCCACUCGCUAGCACACGCGCUCGGCCUUCGGUAUCGCUGCGCGCUCGUCCUCUCGGCUCUUUUUUGUCCCUUCUGGGUUGCGGUGGAAGCGACCGGUCUCGCGGAAGCGGCAACAGUUGGCGAAGAUGGCGGCUACGGCGGCAGCCUCCCGGGGAGGCAAGCGGGGCGGCGGUGGCGGCGGACCGGGCGGCGGCGGGUCGGCGGGCCGGGGAGCCGAGGAGGAGGCGCCGCCUCCCCUGCAGGCCGUGCUGGUAGCGGACAGCUUCAACCGCCGCUUCUUUCCCAUCUCCAAGGACCGGCCCCGGGCCCUCCUGCCCUUGGCCAAUGUGGCCCUGAUCGACUACACUCUGGAGUUUCUGACUGCCACAGGGGUGCAGGAAACAUUUGUCUUCUGCUGCUGGAAGGCCCCCCAGAUCAAAGAGCACAUAAAGAAAUCCAAGUGGUGCCUGCCAACGUCACCCAACGUGGUUCGCAUCGUGACCUCAGAGACGUACCGUUCCCUGGGGGAUGUGCUCCGAGAUGUGGAUGCCAAAGCCUUGGUGCGCUCGGACUUCCUGCUCGUCUAUGGGGAUGUCAUCUCUAAUAUUAACAUCACCCAUGCCCUGGAGGAGCACAGAUUGCGGAGGAAACGAGAGAAGAAUGUGUCUGUGAUGACAAUGAUCUUCAAGGAGUCCUCCCCCAGCCACCCGACCCGAUGUCCCGAGGACAACAUCGUGGUGGCCAUGGACAGCGCCACCCACCGGGUUCUCCACUACCAGAAGACUCAUGGGCUCCGGCGUUUCUCUUUUCCCCUGAGCCUGUUCCAGGGUAGUGGAGAAGGAGUGGACAUUCGCUACGACUUGUUGGACUGUCACAUCAGCAUCUGCUCCCCUCAGGUGGCUGAACUCUUCACUGACAACUUUGACUACCAAACCCGGGAUGACUUUGUGCGAGGCCUGUUGGUGAAUGAGGAGGUCCUGGGAAACCAUAUUCACAUGCAUGUCACAACCCGAGAGUAUGGAGCCCGUGUUUCCAACCUGCGCAUGUAUGAGGCAGUGUGUGCUGACAUCGUUCGCCGCUGGGUCUAUCCCCUCACCCCAGAGAUGAACUUUACCGACAGCCCGGCCCAGAGCUGUACUCAUUCCCGACAUAACAUCUACCGGGGGCCAGAGGUGAGCCUGGGCCAUGGCAGCGUCCUGGAGGAGAACGUGCUCCUGGGUGCCGGCACAGUCAUCGGCAGCAACUGCUCCAUCAGGAACAGUGUCAUUGGCCCUGGCUGCCACAUCGGUGACAACGUCUUACUGGACCGGGCCUACUUGUGGCAAGGCGUUCGGGUGGCCAGUGGGGCACAGAUUCAUCAGUCUCUCCUGUGCGAUCAUUCUGAGGUCAAGGAACGGGUCACUCUGAAGCCACGCUGUGUCCUUACUUCCCAGGUGGUGGUGGGCCCAGACCUUGAGCUGCCUGAGGGCUCAGUCAUCUCUCUGCACCCUCCCGAUGAGGAGGAGGACGACGAUGACGGCCAGUUCAGCGACGACUCUGGAGCAGACAGAAAAGAGAGAGUGAAGUCGACAGGUUAUAACCCGUCUGAUGUGGGUACUGCAGGACAGGGCUACCUCUGGAGAGCGGCGGGCACACGCCCCAAGGAGGAAGAAGACGAUGAAGAGGAGGAGCUGCGGCAGAGUCUGUGGGGACUCACAAUCAACGAGGCUGAAGAAAGCGAAAGUGACAGUGAGCAGAGUCUGGGCUCCCAGGAGCUGGACAGCCGAGCAGGCUCCCCACAGCUGGAUGACAUUAAAGUGUUUCAGAAUGAAGUGGCAGGGACACUACAGCGGGGCCAAGAGGAGAACAUCUCCUGUGACAACCUGGUCCUGGAAAUUAACUCCCUGAAGUAUGCUUACAACAUCAGUCUCAAGGAAGUGAUGCAGGUGCUCAGCCAAGUGGUCCUGGAGUUCCCCCUGGAGCAGCUCAACUCCCAGCUGGACCCCAACUGCUACUUUGGCCUCCUAUUACCUCUGCUCCGGGCCUGGAGCCCUGUGUUGAAGAACUACAUCAAACGCACAAGUGACCAUCUGCAGGCCCUGACGGCCAUCGAGGACUUCUUCCUGGAACACGAAAGCCUGGUUACCUCCCUAGCCAAGGUGCUGAUGACAUUCUAUGAGCUGGACAUCUUGGCUGAGGAGACCAUUCUACAGUGGUUCCAUCAGAGGGACGUGCCUGACAGGGGCAAACAACUCCGAAAGAACCAGCGGCUACAGAAUUUCAUCCAGUGGCUCAAGGAGGCAGAAGAGGAGUCUUCGGAAGAUGAACGAGCCUGAGGCUCUGCUGGGGCUGCCCCGUGCAUGUGGGAAAGGGCAUGUGUGGAUGAGGAAGCCCAGACAUGAGCUGCCACCCUGUGGGCUGGGAUUCAGGGUACUUCCCUCCCAGUCAGAAGCCCCAGGGCCCCUAUCAGCAACGGGGUCUAGGGCAUAGGGAAGAGGUGACAGCCUGCAAGGAAGAAACAUCUGCCCAAGGACAAAGUUCCCAAGUCCGGGGGUUGGCUCUGUGUCAGAGCAUCUCAGCCCCAGGAGGAUGUUUUUCUGAAGACCACAGGCUCACCUUUGCUCGCCUGACCUCCCUUGGGGGAUGGCAGUGAGUGACUGGGGGCCCUCUGCUGCUUGUAUUGACAAUUUGAAAAAAAGUAUGUUUUGUUUCUGCCCUGCUCUGCCUUAACUGGCUCUUGAGGUGUGGGGUAUGGAGGCAGCCCCCCUGGGUAGCAGAGCCACCAGGGGGAGCAAGGGGGUGGUGAUGGGGCUGGCUGUGGGCCUGGCGAGAAGCCUCUUUCCAACCCCGGAGCGGGCUCGAAGCCUGGGCAGGGCCAGACAGAGGAAGUGACACUUGUGGCUUUCUUGCCAGGUGGUCCUGUGUGAGACACCUUGUACUGCCAUUGUUACAGCCUGCUGGGCCUCGUCGGGCAGUGUCCAGUCAGGGGGGUGAUGGGUUAGCAUGGCUCGGCUCCCGAAGCAGCCAGCUGUGGGGUUCUAAGGAGAGGCCUCUCCUGCCUCUCACAACCAGGAAACAAAUAAAUGUUGGCUGUUCCA